AUGCCGAACACGUGUUGCGUGCCGGGUUGCCGUUCCGGCUACAAGGGCACGACCGAAAAGGUGUCGUUGUUCCAUUUGCCUAUUGACAAGGAACAGCGCGAGAAAUGGAAGCGGGCCAUACCGCGGCAGGAAGGUGGCGGUUUUAACUUCGAAUCGAAGUAUACGCGUGUGUGCGCGAAACAUUUCGACGCCUCCGACAUCGUCACUGCGUACAAUUUCAACAUCAACGGCGACGCCGUGUCCCUGGAGCGAGAGCAGCCGACGCUGAAGACUAACGCCGUUCCAAGGAUUUUUGAAGGCCUUCCAGCGUACCUCACGAAGCCCAAACCUCGGUCCCGCUCAUCGACAGUUCGACCCUCACGCAAACGACCACGUGAGUCGUCGGGUACGGUUGAAGUGCGCCGAUCAUCGCCAACGCCGUGUUCAGACUGGACUGAUGCUGCAUCAGCGAAUGACGACUUGGCGCUUAGUGACCCGGUCGAAGACCACCACACAGACAAGGCUUCUCAAACAGACCGCGUGGUUGGCUGUACCAGCUGUGCUGAAGUGCAGACGUUGAGGUGCCAGCUUCGAGCCGCGAAACAGCAGCUUCAACAAUGCCAAGGAAAACUUGCCAAAUUGCGAGUGCAGUCUGCCAAGUACAAACGGCAACAGCAGAACCUUCAAAGCCUUUCAGAUCGCGAGAAAUUGAUUAUUGAUCAGUGUGUGAUGAAGGCGAGCGCCAAGUCUGCUCGAGCUGUGCGGCAUUCGUGGCGACAUCAGAGACAAACGAGUGUCAUUUCAGCACCCAUGUGACCCCUCUAGGAUGAUUUAUACUGUCAUUGAUCCACCGCACAUAUUUAAGUGUAUUAGGAACAACCUGCAGAAAGUCGGGAAGUUUUUGGUAAGUGAAAUAAUUUUCGUUCCUGUUAGAUACACGCUCGUCAGGUUUUAUCAGAAGUAAUUUUUCCUUUUUCCUACAGCUGCCACAAGGCCAGGAAGUAUAUCAUCAUCAUUAUGCGGAACUCCUGGAAUACGAAGAGCAGCAAUCUGGACUGCGUGCUGUGCCAAAGCUCACAAAGGCACAUAUAUACCCAAAUGCUUUCCAGAAAAUGAGCGUCAAACUUGCUGUUCAGUUGUUCAGUGAAUCCACAGCUACAGCCAUGGAAUUCUACAGUGAGCAGGAAGCAUGCAAAAAGCUCCAUGGGUCUGCAGCAACAUGUGAAUUCACCAGGAGGAUGAACAAAUUAUUUGACUGCUUGAACUCUCGGAGGCCUGAGCAUGUGCAGUACAACGAAGCUGAACAUGUUGCUGUAAGAAUUAUGCUUUUGGCCUUACACAUGCCUCUGAUUUCUUGCUAAAGACUUUAUUACUUUACAGACACUGAAAGAAAGCGUCACAUGGCUCGACAGCUGCUGCAGUUACAUAGAAAGUCUGCCGAAGCAGAGGCAGAUUUGCUUUUUGAGCAAGCCGACAUGCGAGGCUCUAAGAGUAACCCUGUUCAGUACUAUAUCCCUUGUUGAGAACCUUCUUCAAGCAGGUUUUC